UCUACGGUGAGUUUGAACCUGAAGUAUAUUGCACCUGCGGGCCACGGGGAAGCAAAGAUCGAAGCUAAUCAGGCUGGAUCACUGCAGGCUGGAGUCACCGACAGCUCUGGUGAACAAAUCGACUUGGAAAACCAGGAUGAAGUUGACAUGGGCAUCGUGGCAGGUGAAGCUAACGGCGUACCAGUGUCAUCCAGCCAGAAGCCUGCUCGGCUGAAACCCAGGGUGAAGCGAAAUCUAUCAACAAAGACUCAGGAUUUCCAGAUACGCGUCCGCGUGAUGGAAGCGAGACGUCUGGUCAGGGACAACAUCCAUCCUGUGUGUCACGUCACUGUGGAAGCGCAGCAACGGCAGACACGCAUACGCCACUCCACCAGCUCCCCCUACUGGAACGAAAUCUUCUUCCUCAACUUUGUCAGUAGUCAGGCAGAGCUGUUUGAGGAGCUAAUAACGUUCAAGAUAUUCAACUCAAAAAAGCUAAGGUCGGAUUCCUUCAUUGGCCAAUUCCAGUGUGACGUGGGAACAGUUUACGACAAGCCCCGUCAUGCACUGCUCAACACCUGGCUGCUACUAUCUGACCCUGCAGACAAUAUGGCCGGCUCCAUGGGUUAUCUCAAGGUCAGCAUCUGUGUCCUUGGCCCAGGAGAUAACCCACCGAACAUGAAGUCAUCUAGAAGUGAUAAGGAUGACAUAGAAGGGAACCUACUCAAGCCGGUUGGUGUUCAGCUGACCCCGUCUACUCUCACUCUGAGGCUGUAUCGUGGCGAGGACAUUCCCCAGAUGGACAGCGGUUUCGGUGAGGGAGUGAAGAGAGUGCUCGGCAUUGGAGAGGAGAAGAAGGAACUCGUGGACCCCUACGUGACCUUCCAGUUCGCCGGGAAGAAGGUCUCAUCACGCAGGGAGUACCACAGCGAAAGCCCUGUCUACAACCAGGAGCUGAAGCUAGGCAUUCGGUUUCCCUCAAUGUGUGAGACUGUCAAGUUGACAGUAUUUGAUUGGGAUAAGGUGACGGCAGAUGAUGUGAUUGCAAGCAAAGAACUGGAGGUGUCGGCUCUAUCCUCGGCUUGUGAUGAGCAUGGAUUCCUUCCUACCUUUGGUCCAUGUUACAUCAACUUCUAUGGCGCACCACGGGAGUUCUCCGCUCUUGUCCCAGAGGAAUUCAACAGCCUUAAUUUGGGAGAGGGAGAAGGGUGCUCCUACCGAGGCAGGCUGCUGGUGGAAUUAAACACUCAGCUGGGAGAGCUGCCUGAGCAGCCGGUGGUUGACAUAGCCAACGACGACGUACUCUGUGUUCAGUCGUUCAUGCGGCGGCGCCACUAUCGCCUGCACGUGGCCUUCCUCAGCGCCACCAUGGUCAGUGCCGUCGAUGCACCUGUUGAAUUCGAGAUCAGCAUCGGUAACUACGGCAACAAGCUCGACAACAACGUGCCCCCGUGUUCAUCGACGACGCAGCCGACCAACGCUGUUUUUGACGGCUCCAGCUACUACUUCCUGCCGUGGGGAAACCUGAAGCCGUGCGUGAUGGUCGACUCACAGUGGGAGGACAUCUCCUUCCGGCUGGAGGCACUUAACAUGCUGCUGGCGCUCGCGCGUAAUCUGGAGAGGCAUGUUGAAGGUUUGAAGGCCGACAUCAAGGCCAAGGUCGCAAAAGAGGUCCUGGCCACGAAGAUCAUUGCUAUGUUGGAUGGGCUGAUACAACAGGCAGGGAACCCUCUCCCUGCGCCUGUCCCCGGUGACCACCGGUCCAACGAACUAGAUGCUCAGCUCGCAAAGCUGCGUGAGGAGCAUCUCUCCGGCAUUGUAGAGGGCGCCACCAAGCUCAGAGAGACGGCGACGGAUGUUGAACAAGUUCUGGUUGCGGUUGAGGACUUCUUGUCGCUGCUGCGUCAGUUAGCGCACGAGCCUCAGAACAGCAUACCGGACGUGGUGGUGUGGAUGCUGAGUGGUAACCGCCGCAUCGCCUACUAUAGGAUACCAGCCUACGACGUGCUCUACGCUUCUGACCCUGCCGCUGCAGGCUACAACUGUGGCAAAGUGCAGACGCUGAAUCUAAAGUAUCCUGGGAGUGGAUUGGCUGGAAACAGAUCGAUGCCCUGUCAUCUAAGGCUGAAGGCUUGGCUUGGCCUGUCUAAGUAUGACCAGCACUGGCACCAGUCACAGUUGGAUGGAGAGUUGGCAGUAUUUGCUGAAACGUAUGAAAACCAGAUGUAUAUACCAGGGAUUAAAUGGACUAACAAAGCACCAACCAUGGGUCGAUCAAAAUGGUCUGAUGCUAGUGGCAAGCUCAAAUUGCCAAAAGACAGCUUUGUUGAGCCUCAAGGAUGGAGAUUCGUAGGAGAUUGGUACAUAAGUCCUGAGAUCAGCAUGCAGUUUGAUCGUGAUGCCGGUCACACCAAGUUUAUGGAGGAUGCGUUCGAGUGUCAGAUGAGACUGCCAGGAAUCGGCUGGUCAGCGCCAGCUGUUGGCAUACCGUGGUCUGACGUCAGAGGAGAUUCUGCGCUACUGACGAAGGAUGAAUUCGUUCUGCGCCAGAAAGGAUGGGAUUGGGAGGACGUGUGGGAGACUGACGUGAAUAGGGCUGUUGAUGAAGAAGGCUGGGAAUACACGAUCGAGCCGUCGAUGGCUGGAUGGAGCGCAGUGGAGAAGCGCUACCAUGUCUGCAGGCGUCGCCGCUGGGUGAGACAGCGUCUGCUUGUCGACCCUAGCCUCAUCUCUCGCCACGAGGACGAGGAAGCACACUGCCGGACGCGAGGGCUGGGAGUUCGCCAUGCUUCUUCAACACGAAGUUUACUGAAGAAUCGGCCGACUGAUCUCGAUUCUGAUGAUGAGGAGGAGGAUCACACACAGACUGCUCCCAGGAUGUUCCUGUCUUUCCAGCAGGUUUACAAGUAUCAGCUGAGGGCAUACGUCUAUCAGGCCAGAGACCUCGACGCUGGUGAUACGAGGGGCACAUCUGACCCAUACGCACAGGUGAGUUUCCUCGGCUGCAGUCAGUCGACAGAGAUGGUGCGUAAGACGGUGUCGCCGACCUGGGACCAGACGCUGAUAUUUGAGGAGAUGUCGCUGUACGAUUCACCGGACAGCAUGCGCACGAGCCCUCCCAGCAUCAUCGUAGAAAUAUUCGACUUCAACAAGUUUGGCAAACCGGACAUGCUGGGCAGAACAUUUGCAAAGCCGACGGUGAAGCUGACAGCCGAGGAUGCGGAGAGAGAGACGCAGCUGCGGUGGUACAGCAUCGAUAACGGCGACGAUGGUGGCGAAGGAGGAGGAGGAGGAGGAGAGCUUCUCGCUGUUUUCGAACUCUACCUGAUCUCUGAGGAAGUUCCGCUGCCAUUCAAGCCAUCAAAGAGGGGCGCCCUCUAUGAAGUGCCUAGUGGAAUCAGACCGGUGCUCCGUAGGACGGCUGUUGAGGUGCUGUGCUGGGGCGUGCGGGACAUGAAGUCCUUCCAGCUGGCUGCAGUCACCUCGCCCUCCGCUCAGUUCAGCAUCGGUAGCAAGACCAUCUCCACGGAAGUGAUACGCAGCACGAAGAAGAACCCAAACUUCACCAACCCGAUUCUCUUCUUUGAUGUUCUGCUACCAGAGACGGAACUGUACACGCCACCUUUGAACAUCCGCGUGAGGGACCACCGUAUGUUCGCGCGCCAGCCCACAGUUGGCAUCACCUCGCUCGCAUGCAUCGACAAGUAUCGCUGUGCCACGCUGCCACCAGAGGGCCUCAGCAGCCUCAAGCUUGAGAUUGCAGGCGUAGAUAGCACAGACCGCAGUGGAGAGCACAUCAUAGACCUGGAUAUAGAGGGCGCUGUCGAUGACAGUGAUAAUGAUGAUAUUUCGCUUGCAAAGCUGGGAAAGACGACUUCCAAGUCAGCGCUCGUGUCAAAGUCUGAUCUCACGGAGAAGUUGAUAUCAAAGAAGGGCGGCAUAACGACUGCAAAGAAAAGCAUGCGGAAAAAAGCUGUUGAAAGUGGCAAGCUUAUUGCGACACAUGACUCUGCCCUAAAUAAGUGCAUGGAUGAUACCAGUGAGGGUAUUGACUGGUGGUCCAAGUACUACGCAUCGUGUGGACAGGAAGACAAGGCGGGGCACUACCUUGAGAAGAACUAUGAUACAAUCGAGAUUUAUGAUACAGAGCUUGAGCAGCUCGAGCGCUUCGAUGGCUUCACGGAUUUUUGCGACUCGUUUCUUCUGAACCGCGGCAAAAACCUCGAGGAUGAGGAAUCUGAUGUCAUCGGGCAGCUGAAGGUGUUGUGUAAGAUAUAUCCAUUACCAGAAGAUCCCAGCAUUGCAUUGCCACCUAGGUAUCUCACAAGUCUGCCUCCAUCUCAGCCAGAGGAAUGCCUCAUCAGGGUUUACAUUAUCUGUGCAGUAGAUUUGCAGCCAAAGGAUAACAAUGGCUUGGCCGACCCAUACCUAGUUGUGAAAGUAGGUGACGAGAAGUAUAAUGGUCGUGAUGAACGCAAGGCCAACACUAUCAACCCAAUAUUUGGACAGAUGGUAGAGCUGAAGUGUGUGAUCCCGCUGCACACUCACCUGCGCAUGCAGCUGUGGGACUAUGACCUCGUCAGCUCCGACGAUCUGAUCGGCGAAACCUCCAUCGACCUCGAGAGCCGCCUGCUGAGCAAACAUGGCGCCACCUGUGGGCUCCCGCGCAGCUACUGCACAUCGGGCCCUAACGAGUGGCGACUCGGUACCACACCGAUGGAGAUGUUGGAAGCAUACUGCAAGCGAAACAGCAUGAGCCUACCUCAGUACUACGGGAAGACCGCGGUGAAGAUAGCAAACAGGGUGCUAAACAUCGGUGACUUUGAGAAAGGAGACGCAGCCAUUCAGCUCAACCUGGGUGAGACCGAUCAGAGACUGGCGCUGCACGUGUUACGUCAGCUACCGCUUGUACGCGAACACGUGGAGACGAGGCCACUCUACAAUCCGAUACAACCUGGUCUAGAGCAGGGUAAGCUACAGAUGUGGGUGGACAUCUUCCCUCGUUCUUUGGGACCACCAGGAAAAGCUGUUGACAUCACCCCAAGGGUUCCACACAACUAUCAGCUUCGCUGCAUCAUUUGGAACACGAAGGAUGUUGUGUUGGAUGAGACAUCAAUCACAGGAGAUGAAAUGAGCGACAUUUACGUGAAGGGAUGGAUACCAGGUAUUGAUGAGAAACAGAAGACGGAUGUGCACUAUCGGUCUUUGGACGGGGAGGGCAAUUUUAACUGGAGAUAUAUCUUCCCGUUCAAAUACCUGCCAGCUGAGCAGUCCAUCAUUGUGGAGAAGAAGGAGCAUUUCUGGAACCUAGAUGAAACAGAGACUCGUCUCCCUCCCCAGUUCAUCGUUCAGAUAUGGGACAAUGACAAGUUCUCAAUUGAUGAUUUUCUAGGAUCCCUGCACCUGGACCUCACCAGCAUGCCGGAGCCAGCAAAGUCUGCCAAGUCCUGCAGUCUGAAGAUGCUGUCGGACUACCAGCCUCUGCCCGGUGAGAAGCCGCCAGCGCAGUGGAAGACCGUCUCACUGAUGGACCAGAAACGCGUGUUCGGCUGGUGGCCCUGCUACAGCAAUGCGGCAGGCAAGGACGGACGACGCCAGCUAAGCGGCAAAGUGGAGAUGACAUUAGAAAUUGUCUCAGGAGAGGAGAUCGACACAAAACCAGCGGGGAAAGGCAGAGAUGACCCCAACAUGAACCCCAAGCUGGAGGAGCCCAUACGCCCAGCCACGUCCUUCUUGUGGUUUGCCAGUCCAUUCAAAACCUUGCGCUUCAUCCUCUGGAGAAACUACAAGUGGUGGAUCUUGCUGUUCAUCAUUGUUCUUCUGCUCGUUAUCUUCGUCAUACUGUUCGUAUACAGCUUGCCGGAUGCUACCAUGACUAGACUGGUAGAGAAGAUCUGGCAGUAAUCAGUAUUAUAAAUGAGUGAAUCUAUGCAGCCAUGGCAUAAUAUGCUGCAUGCAUGCAGCAGUCUACCCUAGGUCGUCUCUCAUGAAUAUCACGUAAACAGAAACAAAUUAUAGUAUAAUAUAUAUACAUAUAUAUCAGAAAUAGAUAAUAGGGAAGGAGUGUGACUUCAAUAAACAAGAG